GAGAGAGAGUGCAGAGUCACAAGAGUGUCACCGAGAGCGCAGAGUCACCAGCGAGAGGGCAGAGAUCCGCAGCUGAACCAUGGAGAGUACCAGGGCCCCGGAGACUUCCUCCUUCAUACCCGGAGGCGCCGCGGCCCCCAUCAGUAACCCGGCUGAUAUUGGGGUGAUCGUCGGAUACUUUGUCAUCGUCAUCGCGGUGGGAUUUUGGUCCAUGCGCCGGGCCAAUCGGGGGACAGUUGGCGGCUACUUUCUGGCAGGAAGAAGUAUGUCUUGGGGUCCAGUGGGCGCCUCUCUCUUUGCCAGUAACAUUGGGAGCGGCCACUUUGUGGGACUAGCAGGCACUGGGGCAGCAAGCGGCCUGGCCGUGGCAGGAUUCGAGUGGAACGCUUUAUUUGUGGUCUUGCUCCUAGGAUGGCUUUUUGUCCCCGUUUAUCUGACGGCAGAGGUGGUCACAAUGCCGGAGUAUCUAAAGAAACGCUUUGGUGGGCAGAGAAUUCAGCUGUAUCUCACUUUGCUGUCUCUGGCCAUGUACAUAUUCACUAAGAUCUCCGUCGAUAUGUUUUCUGGCGCAGUGUUUAUACAAGUCGCUCUUGGCUGGAAUAUUUACGUGGCCGUCAUCGCCUUGCUCGUUAUAACCACAAUAUACACAGUGACAGGAGGUCUCGCUGCUCUGAUGUACACAGAUACCGUCCAGACAUUUGUAAUCAUUGGAGGAGCCUGUGUGCUGGCGGGAUACGCUUUCCAGGCUGUUGGAGGGUAUAAUAGCCUCAUGGAUCGGUACAUGUCUGCGACACCGGCGCUUCUGGGUAAUGUGUCAGUUGCGUGUGCCUCACCACGCCAUGAUGCGCUACACCUGUUACGAGAUGCUCGCACAGGAGACCUACCGUGGCCGGCCCUGAUCAUAGGAUUGACUAUUGUGUCCACUUGGUACUGGUGCAGCGACCAGGUCAUUGUGCAGCGCUGUCUGGCUGCUCGCUCCCUCACUCACGUUAAGUUGGGUUGUGUUCUGUGCGGAUACCUGAAGAUCCUUCCCAUGUUUCUUAUGGUGAUGCCGGGAAUGAUCAGCCGAGUCUUAUACACAGAGGAAGUGGCCUGCGUGGAGUCCUCGGUCUGCCAGGCUGUGUGUGGCGCCGACGUUGGAUGCUCAAACAUUGCCUAUCCAAAGCUGGUGGUGAAGCUCAUGCCGAAGGGUCUCCGCGGUCUCAUGCUGGCUGUAAUGCUUGCGGCUCUCAUGAGCAGUCUCGCCUCCAUAUUUAAUAGCAGUAGCACUCUCUUCACGAUGGACGUCUGGAGACGGCUGAGGCCUCAAGCUCCUGAGAAGGAACUAUUAAUGGUGGGAAGGGUGUGGACGGUCUGUCUCGUGGCGUUCAGCAUUGCAUGGAUCCCCGUGGUUCAGGCAGCACAAGGAGGGCAGCUGUUCGAUUACAUUCAGUCGGUGGCGAGUUUCCUGGCGCCGCCGAUCGCCGCGGUCUUCUUUCUGGCUCUGUUUGUGAAGAGAGUCAACGAGCCGGGAGCCUUCUGGGGCCUGGUCGGAGGGCUGAUGCUGGGCCUGUGUCGCAUGGUGCCGGAGUUUGCCUUCGGGGCCGGAAGCUGCUCUGCCCCCGGCUCCUGCCCAGCCAUAAUCUGUGGGGUGCAUUACCUGUACUUCGCUAUCAUUCUCUUCCUCUGCUCUGCAGCCAUUGUUUUGGGGGUGUCCUACUGCACCCCCCCGAUCCCGGAGCGCCAGCUCCACGGUCUGGUGUUCAGCCUCCGGCACAGCAAAGAACCGAGGGAAGAGACGGCGGGGCCAGGUGUCCACGAGAAGGGCCCCCGAUCUUUGCCGGACAUCCAGGAGGACCCGACAUCGGCGCGACUGGUGAACCUUAAUGCCCUGCUGAUGAUGAGCUGCGCCAUCUUCCUGUGGGCUUAUUACGCAUGACGGCGCAGGAGGGGCGGCUGGGGCAGUUUGUACCGAAAAUGAUUACAAUGCAGAUUUUAUUAAACACUUUUUCAUCCCGAA